GCCAAUUCAGUCUUUCGGCGCAGUUUCGCCUAAUUAGAACUUAAAAUCGUGGGCUGCCGCAUCGCACGAUUUUCGGUAUUCGCCUCAUUUCCGAUUUUUUGCUUUUGUUUUUGUGUUUAUAAAUAAUUUGAAUAUAUUUAAUUGAAAUAUUCAGAUCUUAAGCAAGCCAGUGCGAUAUAUGUAAAUAGGUUAUUCAAUUUGUUUGCCUUUUGGUUUUAAUUAUCGUGACAAUCCAACCAACCAUUAUUAUCGCUUAAAGAAAAGACAUCGUUGGUCACUCAGGGAAUUAUGGUCUAUGAAACAUCAUAUGAGACUGGGCGAAUGCCAUUUCGGCCAGACACAAAGCGUGGACAAUGGGCAACACCUACGGAUUUCAUAGUUUCCUGCUUGUCUUUUGGUUUUAAAACAGAUUUCGUUUUCGUUGGAUGGUAUUACUUCUUUGAGGCGGGUGUUGCUGCUAUUUUUCCCUACCUAAUAUGUCUAGCACUUUAUGUUGUACCCAUUAUAGUUAUUCAGUGUUUCAUGGGUCAGUUUUCAAGCAGUGGUUAUAUAUCAGCAUUUCGUGUAUCACCUUUUUUUAAAGGUAUGGGAUAUGUCAGUUUAGCGCUUAAUUUAAUAACAAUCUCUUACUAUGCUGUGUUUCUUAUAAUACCUAUGCACUAUAUGUUGCAAUCAUUUCGACCUACAAUUCCCUGGAGCUGUGAAGGUGUAAAAACUUGGAUAGAAAAAGGUGUCGAUUAUAGCCUUUGCAAUAUUACGACCGCUAAUUAUACGGUGGAAAUGGAUGUUGAACAUACUAAUGCAACUAAUGACUUUUGGUAUCGGCCUAGCGAAGAAAUACCGUCCUCUUUAUAUUUCAAAUAUUUGUUUGAAAGCUUCACUCCUUAUGAUCCCGAGAAUUAUGUUUUUUCCAUAUCAUGGCCAUUGGUAGUUUGCAAUUUUAUUGGUUGGGGUAUAAUAGCAUUUAUAUUCUAUUACUUCUUUGAAGCAGAAAAGCUAGGAAAACUAUUACGUUACGGUUUCUUAACAACAAUGGGCUUGCUUGUCAUUUGCCUAGCACGUUUUCUUUUUCUACCUGGAGUUCUUGACAAUAUUGAAGAUUUCUUUCUGCCGUCCCCGCACAAGUUGCUUUUAUGCCUACCAAACGCUCCAUUUUUUGUUUUGGCGGCCUUUGGUGGCGGUUGGGGAAGCAUUAUCUCGCUCUCGAGUCUAAAUAAAUUCAAAACGAAUAUUAUGCGGCAAAGUUGGCUCAUAUGUUUUGGUCAGUUGGGAAUAUUUUUAAUGUUUGGCAUGGUCAGUUUCAUGAUACAGAAACACUUCCACGCAACACAAGAUAAAACUUAUUAUGAAUAUGUUGAACAUCAUUUGCAAUUAUUUCUUUCUACUGGUACAGCAUUAGUUACAAUGGAACUAGCAAAUCUGUGGUCAAUCAUAUACUACGGCAUGAUGACGCUUGCCUCUAUAAUAAUGAUAGUAACUCAGCUUUUUUCCACAUUACUUGCUAUCUAUGAUGAGUUUGAGGUUUUACGAGAACGCAAACAUGAAGUGUCUUUAGUUAUAAUAGGCUCUCUGGCAUUGAUUUCCACAUAUUAUUGCUCCAGUCACGGUAUUGUAUAUUUCAUGACAAUCUCAACAGAUGCACUGCUCACGCAGACUGUACUUCACUUGAUUCUGCUACUGGUGGUACUGUGGAUUUAUGGACGUGAACGUUUUCAGCGCGAUAUUGAGUUUAUGUUAGGUCAGCGGUUCUCAACGUGGAAAGUGAAUAUGUUGCGUUUUAUAUCACCUAUUUGUUUACUUUUCACCAUGCUCAUCACAGUUUCCCUCGCUUUUUACGAGCACCUAUUCACAAGUGUGGUUAUACAAGUUCUGGCCUUUAUAUUCAUCUUACUGCCGUGGCUCGCUAUUCCCGGCUACGGGAUACUGAGCAUGCUGCAAACAACUGGUUCCAUCGGCAUGCGAUUCAAGCGCUGUUGCCGACCCACUGAUUGGUACCCAGUAGAAGCAGAUGACAGGCAACGUUAUGAGGACGCAAUGGGUAAUAUGGAUAUUACGCAUCAACUGAACGAAGUCACUGCUGACGCGGACUAAAAAAUUGAUCUACUAUUUUUAAUAAAUGUUUAAUUAAUAAUAAUUAAUUAACUAAUAUGUAAUAAUUAAUAAUUAACUUUUGAAC